UUCAACCAGAAGGUGCCUCCUAGCUGUAAGGAACAGGAGAGGAGUGUGAACUGGCUUAAAGUGUGUUUAAAUGAAGGUUGUCCGAUGAACAGUCAGCACAGAAAAUAUGUGUACAGCUGUGCAUGUGAUGAUUAAUCCGUUCUUCGCGUCUCGUUAGCUUUUUCCAUCGGUGAAUCCACUGUGACUCUCCUCUGAGGCUCCUGGGAAUCCCUGUGAUAUCAGACACAACCAUGUCCAUGUUCAGCACAGGCAUCCUUGUGCUGACCUCUCCUCUCCAGACGCUCCCGUUACGCAUCGCUCCAGUGCUCAGCUCGGCCGCUCAGCUCGUAGACCGCACGCUGUACGUCCACCUCCAUCCCGGGCUUAACCUGACCAGCGGGACCCAACCUCGACCCGUUUUCAUUCCGCCCGUAGUCGACCUGUCCACGCUCAUCACUCGGCUCUACAACAACGCAGCGGAUGUGUGCGGCCACCUGGAUGUUCGGGUUCUGCUCACUAAUAUUCGCGCUCAGCCGGCUGCAAGCGGCGGGGCCGCGACUCCAAACUGCCCCUUCCCCACACCGCAGCCUCUGUUUCACUCCCCAGACGUGGUGCUGACGGACUUUGUGCUGCAGGACCCGCAUCAGUCCCAUCAGGUCCAGCAGUGUCUGGAGAAGUACACCGGCCACUGUUAUGUCUGUAGACCCGGUAUUUCAUCAGUGCUGCUUCAUCCGCAACUAGUCAAGCUGCAGGAAAACGAAGACGCGCCAGAAAGUGACCAAGAACAAAAGGCUGAGCCUAUGGAAACAUACAAUGAUGUAGUGGUAGGAGGAACAUUCGACCGCCUGCAUGGAGCCCACAAGACGCUACUCAGCAUCUCAUGUCUCCUGGCCAACCGAAGGUUUGUCCUUGGUGUGUGCGACCAAGCAAUGCUUAAAAAAAAAGUACUAAAGGAGCUGAUUGAGCCGUACUCUGUGCGAGUGCAGAGACUCCAGCAGUUUCUGCAGGACACCAAACCGUCCCUGCAUGUUGAGAUCGUCCCACUUGAAGACCCCUUCAGUGUGUCCAUCGUGGAUCCUCUGCUGAAAUGCAUCGUGGUCAGCGAGGAAACGAGGAAGGGCGGCGAGGCUGUCAACGCGAAACGCGCCCAGAAUAACCUUCCACCUCUUGUCCUUCAUGAGAUCCAGCUGCUUAAGGACGCUCACCGCAACGAAAUUGAGGAGGAGAAGAUCAGCUCGUCCAGUCUACGCUCUCGUCUACUUGGCACCCUCCUUAACCCGCCUACAGGUUCGCCCCACCUCCCUCCUACUCCCUACGUGAUUGGCCUGACGGGAGGCAGCGGCAGUGGAAAGAGCUCCGUGGCCAAGCAGCUGGAGGUUCUUGGCGCGGUUCGGAUCGACUGCGAUAAGCUGGGUCAUGAGGUGUACCAGCCUGGUGCACAAUGCUAUCAGAAAGUGCUCCAAGUCUUUGGAUCAGAAAUUCUGAAUGAGGAUAAAACCAUCAACCGGCGAACUUUAGCAUCAAAAGUAUUCGGGAACCAGGCUCGGUUAAAAUGUCUGACAGACAUUGUGUGGCCUGAGAUUGCAAUUCUGGUCAAGCAAGCAAUAAACCAAGCCAGGAAAGAAGGUAGGGAGGUUUGUGUGGUGGAUGCAGCUGUUCUUCUGGAGGCCGGCUGGAUAGACUUGGUCCACGAGGUUUGGGUCAUCAUCAUUCCUGAGGAGGAGGCUGUGACAAGAAUAAUGGAACGGGACGGGAUCAGCAAAGAAGACGCCCUGCGCAGGCUGCAGAAUCAGUGGCCAAGCAGCAAACAAGUCAAGUAUGCUAACGUAGUGCUGAGCACUCUGUGGGAGUCAGAGGUCACCCAGAAACAGGUACUUAAAGCUUGGAAUCUCCUUCAGAAGAGAAUCCUGAAGACAGAGGGAUGAUAGAAAAUAUCUCCGGAUUACAUCGGCUUUGACUUGUGGAGAGAAAACGCAGAAGGAAGCGUGUGUGUGUGUGUGCCAGUGACCAAUCCACCGGAGGAAACACUGCCUUAAACAAAACGUGAGGCCAGUCAUCAUGCAUCUCUAGCUAACCAAGCAGGCUCCCUCACUUCAUUCAAGAAGUCAGUGCCUGGGCCUCUGCAGAGGUUUUUAAGUAUCAUUUUAUGUCCAAGAUGCUCAAUUUAAGGAUGAAUGUGAGAAAGUCAACUUGGAAGCGAAGAUGAUUUUGAUUUUAAAUGAGUAAUGAUCAGUGAACAUUACUGACCAUGUUAAUACUAUAAAUUACUAAGGUAUUAUAGUUCAGUAGACACUAAUUUGUACAUAAAUCCUUAUUUCAUAAAUGGGCAUUACUUAAAGUCUCUCAUUGAACUUUGUAAUUAGUUUCCAGAAAGGAGAAAUUGAUUUAAUAACGUUUGGGGGAGAUUCUGAGAUCUGAUCUGUUAAUCAGCGCAUCAGUUUGGUCUGAAGUGACAGAAAAAUUGUUUAUAUUUAAACAAGUUAAUGUUUAAUAAAUUGAGGUUUACAAAAAAAAAAAAAAGAUUCUGUAAUUUGGGUGUUCUUGAAUUUCAAUUUUGCUUUUGUUAUUUUGCUGCAUCAUACAACAUAACACUAAAAUAGAUUUCUAUUAAGUUAACUUUUCUCAUUCAUUUGAGCAAACUUGCUGCACAACUUUAAAUUUUCAGCCUUCUAAGUGUUGUACACAUUUAAUGAACCAGGUUGUGUUCUUUAAGAGUCUUUAUUUUAGUGCUUUUAUAAAACUUUUCUGUAAACAAUAUUGUAAUAUACAAAUGCAUCUGUAAUGCCAUUUAUAAAAUUCAGAUCAGGUCUUA